AUGGAGUUGAUAGGAGUUGUAACAGUAAUCGGUGGGAUUGUUCUUAUUGCUGGAUUCGACCAAAUGAACGAGAAAAUUAAACCAUCAUUCGAUAAAGCUAAAGACAACAUACGAAAAAUGAUUAAAGUUAUCAACGUUUUCCCAGGUGUAGAAAUCAUGCACCCGCCAAAUGUAACACAUGCAGACCCUCUUAUGGAUAUUGAUUUUAAAGAAUUCGUUUACGCAUGCGGAAUUUUUCUUCUCACGGUUGGUGCUGUAAUUCUCGCCAUUUCAAUACUUGGAUUUGCAGCGACGUAUCAGAAGUCGAGACGUUUAACAAUGACGUAUGUGGUUGCUCUAUGUAUACUCAUUCUAAUACAGAUUACAGCAGUUGUUUUAUACUCAGCUGAUCGAACCAUCGCAAACAAACUUAUAUAUCUGCACUUCUUUAAAAGUUUAGAUGAAUCUUAUCGAGGAUUUCAGUACCAAGAUUCCGUAGGAUGGAACCUUGUCAUGCAACAGGUAAAAAUGAAACAAAACUGUACAGUUAUGUCGGAAAGAUCUCAAUAUUGA